AAAUCGGCAGGAAUCUGACAAACGGAAACCCUGUGGUUUUGAGGUUGAAAUCCCUGAGAAAGUCCUGAAAAAAGAAACUUUAGAAAGGGAAUGAGAAAGGAAGCAAACCACGAACAGUGAAUUAAGCCACCAAAACAUAGCAGUAGAGGAAAAAAGACCACCGGUGACUGUUCUUUUAUGAAUCUUUUAUCUUGAUCUCUUCGUUUUUUUGGAGCCCAACACACUGAAUUGGGCAAUUGAACUUUUCUGUAAGUGUAGGUUACUUUUGCUUAUUUUGGUUGUCCAGAUCGAUACCCAGAUCUUGUUACCUUUUGAUCCAGCUGAAUUGUAUAUCGUCUUUGAAUAAGCUGAACGGGAGAGAGAGUUGCUGCUUUUGCUUUGCAAGGAGUGUGGGUUGAGUGUCUGAACAGGAGAUAUCAUACUCCAUUUAAGUAAUGAUCAAACAGAUACUCAAUAGGCUCCCUAGGAAGCCAUCUAAAUCAUCUGAAAAUCGUGAGGGAGGGGGAACCUCUACUUCCUCAUCAAAUGCUUCUACCAGCCCAAGGAACGGUGAUUUAUCCGGUAACCGGUAUGCAAGCGCAGGUGCUACGUCAGUAGCAGGGUUUAAUCCAACUUCAAAUUUAGGAACAAAUUAUGGCAAUAAACUUUCUCAAGCUGUUAAUGCAAAGCUGAAUGGGAAUCAGCCUGCUCCUUAUGAGCCCUUGCCAAGUUUCAGAGAUGUUCCAAAUUCUGAGAAGCAGAACUUGUUUAUCCGAAAGCUGAACUUAUGUUGCAUUGUGUUUGACUUCACUGAUCCUACUAAGAACUUCAAAGAAAAGGAUAUCAAGCGACAAACAUUGGUAGAGCUUGUGGACUAUGUUUCUUCUGCAAAUGGGAAGUUCCCAGAAACUAUGAUGCAAGAAAUGAUUAAGAUGGUGUCCUCAAAUUUGUUUAGAAUACUCUCUUCUCCGCCACGUGAGAACAAAAUUUUGGAAGCCUAUGAUUUGGAAGAGGAUGAGCCCUCAAUGGACCCUGCAUGGCCUCAUUUGCAAGUUGUGUAUGAAUUUCUUCUGAGGUUUAUAGCAUCACCUGAGACAGAUGCAAAAUUGGCUAAGAGGUACAUUGAUCACUCUUUUGUUCUCAGGUUGUUAGAUCUUUUUGAUUCAGAGGACCCUAGAGAGAGGGAGUAUUUGAAAACAGUUCUGCACCGUAUCUAUGGGAAAUUCAUGGUGCACCGGCCAUUCAUCAGGAAAGCAAUUAACAACAUCUUUUAUCGGUUUAUUUUUGAAACUGAGAAGCAUAAUGGGAUUGCAGAGCUACUGGAGAUUCUGGGAAGUAUAAUCAAUGGGUUUGCCCUACCUCUGAAAGAAGAGCACAAGCUUUUCCUUGUUCGAGUACUCAUUCCAUUACACAAACCAAAAUGCUUGCCCAUGUACCACCAACAAUUAUCAUAUUGCAUUACACAAUUUGUGGAGAAGGACUGCAAACUUGCUGAUACAGUUAUACGAGGGAUGCUAAAAUAUUGGCCAAUUACAAAUAGUUCAAAAGAGGUUAUGUUCUUAGGUGAGCUGGAGGAAGUAUUAGAAGCAACACAGCCUGCUGAGUUUCAGCGCUGCAUGGUACCCUUGUUCCGCCAGAUUGGCCGUUGCUUGAGUAGUUCACAUUUUCAGGUGGCAGAGAGGGCUUUGUUUUUAUGGAACAAUGAUCACAUUGAGAACUUGAUCCAACAGAAUCGCAAAGUUAUACUACCAAUCAUCUUCCCUGCCUUGGAGAGAAAUGCAAGACAGCAUUGGAAUCAGGCAGUACAAAGCUUGACGCUAAAUGUUCGCAAGAUCUUCUCUGAUAUUGACCUGGAGCUCUUUGAGGAGUGCCUGCUGAAGUUUCAGGAAGAUGAAACAAGGGAGAAGGAGAUGAAGGUGAAACGCGAAACCACAUGGAAACGCUUAGAGGAGAUGGCUGCAGUGAAGGCUACAAGUAAUGAGCCAGUGCUUGUCUCGCCAAAAAUGAUGACACGUGCACUAUCUGGCUAGAUAGUUGGAGACUCUCAAUGGUAUUUGAUUUGGUUAGCAGUUGGUGUGCGACGCAAACCAUAGAUAGAGGUGGUGAUUGAAGAGGUGGAAUAUGAAGUUAGACAUUGAUUCCUUUGCAUAGUCACCUUCAAUAUUUUUGGUUUGCGAUCUGAUUAGAAAACAAUGGGGGGAAAGGCGCAACUGUUGCAGAAAAAGGAAAAUCCCAUUUUGGUUAUCCUGGAGGACUGCGUGCAACAGAACAGGUAGGGUGCAGAAACAAAUGGGUAAGAGGAUAUCUAAAGCGCGGUUCUGUGAGUAAAUUUGAGGUGGUGAUAUGUUUAAUGUCGAGGAGAAGGGUGACAAAGAAAGCUUGAACUCAUUGUACAAUUGUUUAUUGCUUCUGGUUUAAUGAAAAGUCUGCCCAUGUUCUUGAAAAAAAAAAAAAAAAGAAAAAGUAACACUUUGAUUUUAAAUUUGAGGAUAAUGUUGAAAAAGACCGUAGGCAGCCAGUUCAGAGCUCGCUACAAUCAUCUAAGGGCUUUUGUUAUUUCUAGUAAUAGGUACAAGGAACCAAUGAUUCAUUGGCUUAGUGGUUAAUGAUGAUGUGAGUUUAGACGAGAUUUUAGGUUUGAGUUUGGGGGUUGUAAGUGUAUCGUUUGAUUUGGGGUUUUAUAGCUCGUUAUUUAGUUUUCGUGAUUUUCAGGCUAUUGUGAGAGUUUAAGGGA